AUGGCUUUUGUGAGAAAUCUAUUGGGUGCAAAGAAGAUUCUUGGAGCCGCAAAUAGCAAAAGGGCAACCUCAGCAGCACCAAAAGGGUUUCUUGCGGUGUACGUAGGAGAGAGCCAGAAGAAGAGAUAUGUGGUGCCAAUCUCAUUCUUGAGCCAACCUUCCUUUCAAGCUAUACUCAGUAAAUCCGAAGAAGAGUUUGGAUUCGAUCAUCCAAUGGGCGGCUUAACAAUCCCUUGUCCUGAAGAUAUAUUCAUCACUGUGACGUCUCGUUUGCAGUGA